GGCUUAUCCCAGGGGAUAGACGACCCUUUGGUAAACGCUUUCGCUGAAGUCCUACAGAAAAUUUCCAUGAAAAUGCCUGGAAGAAAUCCACCCACUCCGCCAGAAACCCCUAUAAAACCCACUGCCUACGUUUCAAUUCCCUGAAGCCUUAGAAGUUGGAAUUAUCCAUCCAUCUCUCAGUCUAGCCCAAGAUGGUCGGCCAGGAGAAGAGUAAGCGGGUGGUGGACGAGGUCUCGGGCUGGCUCCGGGUGUUCGACGACGGGUCCGUCGACCGGACCUGGACCGGACCGCCCGAGGCCCUUUUCCUCAUGGAACCCGUCCCCUCCCAUGACACCCCCCGCGAUGGCAUCACCCUCCUCGACCUCCCUGGCGACCCCUCCCUCCGCCUCUACCUCCCCGAGCUGCCGCCGGAGCACGGUGGCGACGGGCGGAGGAAAGCGCUUCCCAUACUCCUCCAAUUCCAAGGCGGAGGCUUCUGCAUCUCCCACUUCUCCUGGUUCAUGUACCACCAAUUCUACUCCCGCCUCGCCCGCGCCGUCCCCGCCAUCGUCGUCUCCGUCGAUCUCCCUCUCGCUCCCGAGCACCGCCUCCCCGCCGCUAUGGACGCUGGCUUCCGCGCACUCCUCCACCUCCGCUCCCUCGCCCAAGCCCCACCGCCGCCGCCGGAGGCGGCGGCUGACCCGGCGGAGCGUCUACGCGCUUGCGCCGACUUCUCCCGGGUGUUCCUCAUCGGGGACAGCUCCGGGGGGAACGUGGUGCACGAGGUGGCGGCGCGCGCGGGCCGGCUGGAGGAAGAGCAGGAGGGGUUCUGGUCGCCGCUCAAGGUGGCGGGCGGUAUUCCGCUCCACCCGGGGUUCGUCCGGUCGACCCGGAGCCGGUCGGAACUGGAGCUCCCGUCGGACUCGGUUUUCUUCACCCUGGACAUGCUGGACAAGUUCCUGGCCCUGGGGCUGCCGGAGGGGGCUACCAAGGACCAUCCCUACACGUGCCCGAUGGGGGAGGCGGCGCCGCCUCUGGAGGAGCUGAGGCUGCCGCCGUUCCUGGUGGCGGUGGCGGAGAGGGACCUGAUCCGCGACACCAAUUUGGAGUACUGCGAGGCCAUGAGGAGGGCCGGCAAGGACGUGGAGCUGUUGGUGAACAAAGAGGUGAGCCACUCCUUCUACCUCAACAAGGUCGCCGUCGACUUGGACCCCACCACAGCCAAGCGGACGGAGGAGCUCAUCCUGGCCAUCAAGGACUUUAUGGACCGCCACUGAUAGCCGCCGGCCGACGGACUCACCGGUGGAAUUAAGUUAGUAGAAUGAAGUCGUGGUGUAAGAGAGGUUGUGACGGGGGAAAGAUAUUUUCUUGUUUCCAAAUCAACAAACCGCGGGACUGCAAACUAUUAUAACGACGACGACAAUAAAAGUGAACGCUAGCUGCAAUAUCGCGACCUUGUGUGUUUCUUUCUUUUUAGAAAAUAAGUAUUCUGUACGAGCCAUUUCUGCUCAUGUUCGCCAUCGCUGCAUCGUUCAUGGAAAAGCUUGCUCCGUCGAUUUUAAUUUCUUUA